AUGGCCCACCACGUUCAUGGGAGACGGUCAGCCAGCGACAAAUGGCCGCCUUCACUACCAGAUCAGCAAGAAACUCUGGUAGACAAGACAUUUGUGUUCAGCGCCGAUGAGCUUAUUGCUUCGACAUUAGUUGGGCGAGGCAGCUUGCUUCACAAACCUGGCAGGCUAGUAACGCUCAAAACUCGUUCUAUAACUUCAAAGAGCUCAGACUCUGAUGAGAAUACAAGCGCAGAAGCUUCUGGUGGUAUCAGAGUCGUGAGCACACCUGGUCGUUUCUUUGGUGAAAGGGACUGGACACGCUCUACAGUCAAGCGUAAACAGGACCAUGCCUCAUUGGACGCUGAUUUUGAUGACCAUUCUGGGCAUAAUCAUCGUCAGCGCCAUAGGCAUCGCCAAGUCAAGAAAUGGCUGGAAGAUGAUGAGCCGCGCGAUGACGGUACGCAUCGUGCCAAACCGGGUAGACGAUCACUUGGCCAUGGACGGCCGGUGAUAGGAAGAGCUGGUGAUGCUGACAAGCGACCUCGGGCUCCAUCUGGAGGGUCUCGUUAUGCGUCUUCUGGUACACAGACAGCAGCUGGAUCAGCAUCGCCUUCUGCUGGUGACAGACCUGUGCUUCCUGGACAGGGUGGAGGUGACAAGCCUGGAGGCAUUGGUUCUGGUAGUGUACAGGCACCAAGCGGAGUAUUGCCUCCAGUCACGGCAGGAGACCCAAGACUGACAAGUCCUUCUGCUGGCCCUGCGGCUCCAGGAACCAUUGCUGGACCUGCCGUUCCUGCCCCAAAGCCUGGUGUUCCUGUUCAAUCAGGACCGGGUCCUCAGCAACCUUCCCACACUGGAGACGUUACACCUUCACCAGCGGCUCCUCCAGCGUCUAGUGGGCAAAACAUCCCACCGCCAGCCUCAGUCCCAGGCGUCCCAGCUGUUCAGCAACCUGGAGAUGUCGCAACUCCGGUAUCGAAGGAGCCAAAGGUCUUGCCACCAACUUCACCUCCUGCUGGACCAGCCGUGAUACCCAUCACAAACCCAGCUGUGCCUCCUCCAGCAUCGACUGAGCCCAAGGUUCUACCACCAGCCUCAGCCCCAAGCGGCUCUGCUGUUGUACCCAUCACGAACCCGGCAACAAGCGCGCCAGGCUUGCCUCCCCCACCGCAACAGCUCAUUCCCCUCAAAGACCAAUACAUGCUCGCAGCGACUGGUCAAUCAACCCAGAUCCGCAGUUCAACGCCAGGCAUCAGCGCUGGUACUGUCCCGUCUGACCACAUCGUCUUCUCAACCCCAGACACCGGCACUCAAGCGUUUCUUACUUCGUCAGGACCCAUAGUCUUUGAGACUUCCUUGGAAGCGAUCAAGGCUAACAUCAGCGAGUUUCCGCUGUCGUUGAGCGAUCCUUUGAGACGAGAUUUUGGUGCGGCUUGGAAACUUGACGAAAAUGCUUCGUACCUUCAGAGUGCUGAUGUCAAUUUGAAGCUUGGAUCGGAUGGCAAAUCUCUCGAGAUGACCGGCCUCAAGGUCAAGGUGUCCAAAGAUACAAGCAGCGCUCCGCUUGUGUUCUCUACUGAUGCCAAAGUCCUCAACGACGAGUUCGAGACUGGGUUUGCUGAUAUCACAAAAGAUACUAGUAUUACUACUCGUACUGGCAUUGAUCGGUACCCAGGCCAUCUCCUUCUUGGCUUGGAAGUAAGUUCUGCCAACGGUGGAUUCGAGAAUCUUGGAGAUCUCUGUGCAGUCGCUCACAUAAGCCCCAAGCCCUGGCUCAAGACAUUGCUUAAAUUGACCAAGAUCACAUUUGGUGGUUUAGCUGGUACUCCAGCUCGCAACGCAAUGUGGUACAUCCCCGGUCCAGGGUCUGGGUGCUGUAUCCGUCUCGAAGCCUCCCUCGACCUCAAAGAGGGAAUAGUCACCAAACUGGACAAAUACCUCGCUGGUUGGGUUGACCACAUCCCUCCCAUGUCUGUCAUUGCUAAGAGAACUGUGUCUCCAUCAUCUGGUCCUUGGGGAGAUGCAUACACUAUUGGAGAGCUUACCAUAGCUGCAGAGCCAGACUAUAAGGGUGAGAAGCGUGCGUUGGGUAUGUAUGUGUCUAUCGGAGAAGAUCAUAUCAAUAUCUUCUUUGUGUGCUACUCCAAAGCGCUUCAGUGGCCAGCUCUUAAGGCCUGGAUCCAGAAGACCUGUCCCGAAGUGGGCAAGGCCAUUGACGAUUUGGAGAAGAUUCUUUCCAAUACUGGCCACGGAUCCAAAACUCAGAAUUCCAGUACUUCUCACAUAUACUGGAGAAGAGCGACCGUUACACUUCAGAACAAAGAGGCAGGUGGUCUAACUCUGGCCGGUAUGCGCUUGGAGCUCGAAGCUUCGAUGCAAGUGCUUGUGCCAACGGACAAGCAUUCGGUCUUCACUAUGGAGUUCACCUGGACCAAGGGCACUGGGGUGUUCUCAGGCGAGUGUGAGUUCAACGGCGUUGGAAACGUAAUGGGACAGGGCAACCCUCCACUGCAGUACUAUCUUGACUACGAACGAUGGGACAAAUUCUCUUAUCUUGACCCGUCAGAGCCAUAUAUGUCGCUACGCUGCCUCGACAGUAGUUUCGUGCAGAACCUACCGUUCGGCGUUCCCACUGAGAUUACUGAGGCCGAUCUCUAUGUCUCUAAUGAGAGUCUGCACGUCAGUGGUCGUCUUGAAGCUUUGAUGGGGAAACCAACGGAGACUUCAGUCGUCUCAGAUCCUUCAAAGGUUCCCUCCUUACAGAUCGACCACACCAUGCUAGGGUUCUCUUUCAACUACGUAUACGCAUCAAAGGCACUAAAUAUCGUUCUUGACGGAGCCAUCACCCUUCUCCCUCUCAAGGAAGGCGACCAGCCAGCAUCGCUGGCGGCAAUGAUCAUGUAUUCGUCAGAACAGGGCCUGGUGUCUUUUAGUGCGCACGCAUCGCAUAUUCCAAUGACAGCUCUGCACUCUUUGUUCGCUGCAGGUGAAGAGAAGACGCAUGCGAUGUCUAUUCUGGAAAGUAUUGAGCUGCAACGCAUUGCCUUCGACAUUACGGCGGGCAAGGGCCAGCCAACUAAAGUCAGCUUUGAAGCAGGCCUCAAGAUCUCUAGUAUUCUGCUGGAGACAAAGUUCAAGCGUACGGAUGUCAACACUUGGUCUCUCACUGCGAAACUGCACGAAGAGACCACAGCAGCUGGCAAAGCGUCAAAGGAGUUCACACUCGGCGACGCUGUGCAGAAGCUCUUGGGCCAGGAAAUUGUAGAUAUCCUGCCAGGCUUUGUGACAGGAACAACGUUCAAAACAUCUAAACCUCAGGAGGAUAAGUUCGACAUUAUCGUGACUCGUCUGAACGGUACAAAGCCACAUAUCGUUUUCGGUGCAGAGAUGAAGUUUGGAAUGCUUCACGUCCAAUUUGUCCAGCUGGUUCCUAUCACAGGAAAGGCAGAUAAGCCCUCGCCCAUAAAGAGAAUGAUACGCGUCUCUCUGGGACCGCUACCUUCUAUCUCGAAGCUGCCGAUCCUUGGAAACCUGGACAUACCAUUUGAUGCCCUUGAGUUCCUCUGGGUCAAUACCAUGUUCACACAAGAGGACAUCACUACUCUGAAUGGAAGCGCCCAGAUGUUUGUGAAUCAGCCCUUCAAGAUGAGGCCUGAGGAUAAAGAGUUGUCCGAAGGCUUCCACUUCCGUCUGGUUGGUAGCCAGGGUGUCUUCCUCGACCAUGUCUUCGGUCAGGACAAGCCAGAGAAGAAGAAGACCCCAGCAGGUGCGGUUACUACUGGCUCAAAGGGGACUCCUGCUCCCGUCCAGGAGAAGAAGCCAUCCACAGAAGCAGCUGUUCCCAGUGGUGGCGCGCCCGCGACGACAGCUGCACUAGCAAAGAAGAAGGGACCUCUCACUCUCUCAGGCAUCUCGUUGUCCUACGAAGGUGGCGUCUUGCGCAUCCAUCUUGACGCCAGUGUUCUCAUCGGGCCCAUCAGUGCUGGUAUUCAGGGUCUGACUCUCGUCGUCAGACUCGACUCCAAGCAGAUCCAUGGACUACACGAUAUUCUGCAUGUUCCGAUUGACGUCGAGGUUGAAGGGUUCGACAUGUCGUUCACUCGUAUGCCAAUCCAAAUCGCAGGUGCUCUGCACCACAAGCCUGGCACUAAAGCGUACUUUGGAGGCGUUGCUAUCUCAUUGAGCACCUUUUCUAUCGCAGCACUUGGUUCGUAUGAGCAAGUUCCAGCCAACGCCGCAACAGGUACACCGGAAUAUGAUUCAUUCUUCAUCUACGCGAUGAUGGAGGGACUCAUUUUCACCAUGGGUUGGGCCGAGAUUCGUGGACUGAUGGCUGGCUUUGGCUACAACUCACGUCUCCGACUACCGACUGUGGAGCAGCUGUCUUCCUUCCCACUCAUUCAGGGUUUUGACCAGGCGGGAGGCUUCAAUAUGAACCAGGCUGUUAAGUCACUGACAGGUCCUGAUGCUUUUGUGACGCCUAGUAUGGGAUCCAUUUGGCUGGCACUUGGUCUUGUCAUCCGAGCUUGCGAGGCCAUUGACAUGCGUGCUGUUGCAACAGUAGCUCUCGGACCGAACCAGACUGACAUUGGUCUGAUUGCCCGAGCAACCGCUACCCUUCCUAGACGUGCGAGCCCUGACAAGGCUCUUGUUCUUAUUGAUCUCUCUGUGGUUGGCAAACUCGACCUUGUUAAUGGCGAGCUCUCAGUUGACGGUCUCAUCAAUCCCACUUCUUUCAUUCUCAACAAGGAUUGCCGUCCCUCCGGUGGGUUUGCCAUCAGAAGUUGGUUCGGCAAGAAUAACCCACAUUCAGGUGACUGGGUGAUCAGUUUCGGUGGCUAUCAUCCUAUGUACCAAGUCCCUGCGCAUUAUCCUCGUCCACAGCGAUUGGGUAUCUCGUGGACGCUCAGCUCAAACUUAAGGGUCACUGGCAAUGCAUACGCAGCUAUUACUCCAGGAGCCAUCAUGGCAGGAGGAAUGCUUCAAGCAGUCUUCUCUGCUGGCCCUCUUGGUGCACACUUUGACGCGCAUGCUGACUUCCUGGUCAACCUCAAGCCGCUACACUACGUGGCAGACAUGGCAGUAUCUGCAGGCGUGUAUUACGAGAUCAGAGUCUGGCGCUUCAGAAAGAAGAUCUCUGUCAAUGUUGGAGCCUCUCUACACCUCGAAGGACCACCGAUUCACGGCAGCGUGUACUUUGAUCUGUCCGUGGUCAGCUUCACUGUCAGCUUUGGCUCCGGAUCGUCCGAGGGCAAGAGAGCUAUCAGUCUACGUGAGCUUAUGGAGCUUGUGCUACAGGAAGCAGGCGAUACACGGAAAGCAGAUAAUUCCAUUGUUAACCCUCAUACAUUCACAGCUGUGUCUGGUCUUCUUGGAGACGACAAGAAGAAGAGUGACGCAGUCAACAAAGCUUCGGGUAACAAGGUGGCUUCUGCUAAGGAGCGUUGGCACGUCCGUAGCGACAACUUCAUCUUCUCAGUUCGAAGCGCGGUGCCAACUAACUCUAUUGGUAUCGAGGGACGCAGCGGUACUCAGUACCGUGGUAACUCCAUUAUCAGCAGACCCAUGCAGAUGAAGAACGACACAAGUGACUCUGCAAGGAUCAAAUCGACACUGGGCGUCAAGGUCAGGAAUGUCGGGGAGGACAAGAUCGUUCCCUUCCGCGAAGUAGCCAAGGUUGAAGAUCAAUUGCCAGCCAACUACUGGGGCCCUUAUUCAGAGAAUACUGCAGACUACAUGAGGCCUGAUAGGAUGCCCCCUACAGUCUCACACCUCGUCGGUGCGACUCUGGUACCGCCACCACCCGCAACUCCUGGGCAGUCCAUCCCCGUGUUCAAAUCAAUGCCACAAAACCACGAUGCUCCACCAUGGAGACCUGAAAUGAUUAAAAAAUCCGUUCGCUAUCUCGAUCACGCCAAUGCUAGAGACAGCGUCAAGUGGUCUCGUGUCAAGGGUGCCAUGGGUUUGGAGCCUGAGGCGAAGAGAGAGAAACCUCCUAUGGAUACAGUCUUAUUGACAGAGGUCGGAGAGGCAAAGGAGGCUGCUGCUCCCAAGCCGCAGUUAACCAAGCCAUACCGGCAAGGUAUUCUCGAUAGCUUCAUCAGCUUGGCCCACGGCGGGACAGACGCGGAGAGCCUCAAGGUCCAGAAGGCCUACAAGGGUAUUGGUGCUAAUGUUCCCGACGUCAUCUUGAACGACCCGCAGCGUUUCUAUAUCGGUCCUCCAGCAGUGUUUUGCAACUAA